AUGGUACUUUUGUACCGUUACGGGGAACGGGAUCCCCUGAAAUUUGAGGGUGGAAAACAUGGUGGGAAAAUUUCGCCAAUUUGCAGCAAAGUAUUUCGCGAAAAGUUGGAGGGAAAAAUUUACACGAAAUUCCUUCGAUUAAAGCAAGAGUUCCUCUGUUUCUUUUACAGGAGAGAGAAAGAAACCAGAAAAUGUUCUUGCUUCCAACAGGAGAGAGAAAGAAACCAGAACAAAAUCGUCCAUAUGAGAGAGAAAGAUAAGGGGAGAUUAGGGAUGGUACCAACUUAUAGAGAACUAAAUAUGGUUGAAUUUGUUGGGAAUGAUAAUGAGGAUGUAAUUGAGGAUGUAAUUGAGGAAGUAAACAUUACGGAUGAUGAAGAAGAAAAUGGAGUCGAUGAUGAUGUAGUGAGUCCUCCAUUUGUUGGGAUGGUAUUCCAGAGUUGGGAAGAAGUGGAUACGUACUACAAAAGGCGUCGGGUUGAGGGGAAAAGGGUUUACUCAACUAGGGAUGAGCUUGGCACCAAAAGGUCAAAGAAAUGUGAUUUCCCGGUGCUAAUGUAUUGUAACAGGACUAAGGAUGGGGAAUGGGUGGUUAAAAGGGCAGUUAAUGAGCAUAAGAACCAUUGUCCAACACCGAGGAAAUCUAGGUAUGUUCCUAGGUAUCGACAGGAAGACAUCACCUCUCUUGUAAAGAGGAAGUUGUUCAAUGACUACAACUCGGGUGCUAAUGUUCCUCAGAUAUUUAACUGUCUAGCUAGCGAGAGGAACGGAGUUGAGAACGUGACAUUCACCAAAAAAGAUCUUCAAAACAUUAUUGCUAGGGACAAGGCAGAAAAGAUGAAGGAGGGAGAUUGGAAUGCAAUGUGGAAGUACUUUAAAGCGAUGUCUACUGACAACGAAAAUUUCUUUCACAAGCAUAGGGUGGGUGAGGAUAACAGAUUAACGGAUGUGAUGUGGGUAGAUGCUAGGAGUAGAGCUGCUUACGAAGAGUUUGGAGAUGUUGUCGUGUUUGACUCCACCUACUUAACAAAUGAGUAUGACUUGCCAUUUUCUAACUUUGUUGGGGUUAAUCACCAUGGUCAAACCAUUCUGCUUGGGUGUGCAUUGUUAUCCCAUGAAGAUUCAGAGACCUUUGAAUGGUUAUUUACCGAGUGGUUGUCAUGUAUGUCUAACAAAAAACCCAUUGGUUUUCUUACUGACCAAGACGCUGCCAUGGGGAAGGCCCUACGAGAAGUAAUGCCUGAUGUCCGACAUCGAUGGUGCUUGUGGCACAUACUUACCAAGUUCAGUCAAAAACUUGGAAAAUACAAUGACUAUGAGCUGUUCAAAAUUGAGCUUCAUAAUGUGAUUUACAACAGCCUUACCCAAAACGAAUUUGAAGUGCAAUGGACUUAUGUAAUCAAGAAGUAUAAACUGGAGGGUGAGAUUUGGCUUGCAGGAUUAUACCAUGGAAGGGAAAUGUGGGUGCCUACAUUUUUUAACGGGAUGUUUUGGGCUGGAAUGAAGAGCACUCAAAGAUCCGAAAGCAUAAACAGGUUCUUUGAUGGGUUCGUUGAUAAGCACACUCGAUUGUUUGAGUUUGCUCCAUUUUAUAUUAAAGCAGUGGAAUCUAGAGCUAACGAUGAGCAACAGGCUGAUGCAGCUGACCAAAGGGCAGUUCACCCGUUGGCCACCCAAUAUAUGGUUGAGAGAGCCUUUAGAAAGGUGUACACAGAUGCAAAAUUCCUCGAGGUUCAAGAGCAGUGCAAUCGUGUACUGUACCUUACUUCCCUUCAGACUACUAUGGUGUCAGCUGAAGUUGCACAACAUAAGCUGGAGGACAGAGUGUGGGUAUUGUGUAAGGAAACCCGCAAGGAAUUUUCAACAAAGUACAUGCGGAAUUAUAUCGUGCAGAUAAAUUUGGAGACAAAAUUGGUGGAGUGUGAAUGCAAGCUAUUUGAAACUGACGGUAUACUUUGCAGGCACAUUAUAAAAGUGUAUGACAUGCAUGACAUUCAAGAUGUCCCAGAUGUUUAUAUUCUUCGUAGAUGGAGGAAAGAUGUGUCAAGGAAGCACUCGCGCGUGAAGGUGGUGUACCAUGAUCCAAGUAAGACCGAAGAUGUCAUGAAGCAUGAUAAAUUAAUGCUAGCAUACGAGCCAAUCAGUUUGAAGGCUUCAACGAAACCCGAGUGUAUUAAAAUCGUGAUGGAUACAUUGAAGGCGUUGGAGAAGCGGUUGGAUCAACAGUUGAUUGGUGUGGAAGAUAUGGAUGUUGAUGAGACACAGGAUGAUGUUGGUACUCCUGGCUUGACUAAAACCAACAAGAGGAGGGCAACUACUCCUAAAUCUGUUACCAAUGGUUGCAGUCAAACCAAAAACAAGAGGACCACCAAAAGUACCCCUAAGUCUGUGAACAAACGAAACAAGUCUGCAACACCUCCUGAUAAUGUCAUUGUGAAUGACCCUGUGGCAAGAAAUAAACCACAUAGGACACCAAGUUGUAGGCACCGUUCUUGUGUUGAGCCAAAAAAGAAAACACCCAUUAGGAGAAGGAGAAGCAAAACAAAUGAUGUUACUGGCUGCUCACAGGAACUUCCCACGCAGGGCGCUGAUGAUGUUGAGUUUACACACACUUCCCCUGGAGGUAUUGAGAUGUUAUCUCAAGAUGGGUCACUUGGGUAUUUCACUAGCAAUGUUGGGGGAGAUGAUGGACUUGACAUUGUUGGUGAUGUCUGUGAUGAUGGGCUUGGACUUGACAAUGUUGAUGAUCUUUUAUGCCGAAAUUCUCUUGGAUGGGAUAAUUGA